AUGGAUAAAGGACGUACAUUACCUCAGGACUUUGGAGAGUUUCUGCACUGCUUAAGGAUGAGAAGCAAGUAUGCCAUCCUCCUGGUGUUUGUGGUAGCCCUUGUCAUUAUUGAGAAGGAAAACAACAUAAUAUCAAGGGUGUCAGACAAACUGAAGCAAUCUCCCCUGUCCCUUAUGGAAGCCAAUAGCACAGACCCUGGCUUAGUGUUGUCAGAGAAUGGUUCCCUCAUGUCCCUCAGUGAACUGGAUUCGGCUUUCUGGCAACUCAAGAGCAGGCUUCAGAAUGUCACUUUGCAGCUUGGGGGAACUAGGGAACCUUCGCUGGCACCUGUGAAGGGAACUCGAAAACAUGUACUUCUAAUGGCCACCACCCGCACAGGCUCGUCCUUUGUAGGGGAAUUCUUCAACCAACAGGGCAACAUUUUCUACCUCUUUGAGCCCCUUUGGCACAUUGAAAGGACGGUGUCUUUUGAGCCUGGUGGUGCUAAUGCUGUGGGGUCGGCCCUUGUCUACAGAGAUGUUUUGAAACAGCUCUUCCUCUGUGACCUUUACACUUUGGAGAAUUUCAUAAUUCCAUUUCCAGAGGAUCACCUGACUCAGUAUAUGUUUCGGCGUGGUUCAAGUCGCUCUUUAUGUGAGGAACCUGUCUGCACUCCUUUUGUCAAGAAGGUGUUUGAGAAGUACCACUGCAAGAACCGCCGCUGUGGUCCUUUAAAUGUCACCCUGGCUGCAGAAGCUUGUCUGCACAAAGACCACGUGGCACUUAAGGCAGUGCGGAUUCGGCAGCUGGAGUUUUUGCGCCCCCUGGUUGAAGAUCCUCGUCUGGACAUGAGAAUAAUUCAGCUAGUACGAGACCCACGGGCAGUGCUGGCUUCUCGAAUGGUUGCUUUUUCUGGGAAAUAUGAAACAUGGAAGAAAUGGGCUACAGAAGGUGCAGCAACCAUCAGUGAAGAUGAAGUACAGAGGCUACGAGGAAACUGUGAGAGCAUCCGGGUCUCAGCUGAACUUGGUUUGAGGCAGCCGGGAUGGCUGCGGGGUCGCUACAUGCUGGUCCGCUACGAAGACAUUGCCAGGUCACCACUCCAAAAAGCCAAGGAGAUGUACAAAUUCACUGGUAUCGCCAUCACGCCUCAGGUGGAGGAAUGGAUUCAGAAGAACACUCAGGCACCUCAGGAUAGUAACGGCAUCUAUUCCACCCAGAAAAAUUCCUCUGAACAGUUUGAGAAGUGGCGAUUCAGUAUCCCCUUCAAGCUUGCCCAGGUGGUACAGAAUGUCUGCAGUCCAGCCAUGAACCUCUUUGGCUACAAGCUGGCCAGCAGCCCCGAGAUCCUUACAAACAGAUCCAUCAGUUUGCUAGAGGAGGGGAGGACCUUCUGGGUCACGUAA